AUGUCCAGCCAACAGCAGGUAGACCCAAAGAAGCAGCAGGAGCUGCAGCUUCAGUACACCAAUUUCAAGAACACCCUUCAACAAUUAGCGCAAAAGAUCGGUGACAUCGAGCAGGAGGCCGAGGAGCACAAGCUUGUGAUCGAGACAUUGGACCCUCUUCCGCAAGACCGGAAAUGCUUCCGUUUGGUCAACGGUGUUCUGGUCGAGCGCACGGUGCAGGAUGUUCUGCCGAACCUCAAGACAAACUCGGAUGGCCUGAAGCAGGUGCUGGAGGAUAUGCUAAAGCAAUACAAGUCAAAGCAGACAGAGCUGGAUAGCUGGAAGAAGAAGAACAACAUCCAGGUUGUGCAGCCCUGA